CGACUGCCCGUUCGUGCUAUUCUUACUCUCGGUAAGUACUUUCCUGGGUUACCUACCAUUUUAUUAUUGUCACUUGACUAUCUUGUUUUAACGAUUGGAGUGAACCCCUUUUCUAAACGACAUGAAGUUAUUCUUACAACUUGUAGAACGCUCGAGAAGCAUUCCACGGCCUUGCCGAAAGAAAAGAAAAGAAAACAAAUAACAGGGGAUAUAUUAUCAUGAUAAAAAACCUCGAAUCCAGUUGGCUACCCAAUAAAAUAAAUAUGUAUACUACUACUAGUAGUACUGUUAGAAACUAGAGGUACCUAGGUGGGCAGGUGAAAAGUAUGCCACCGCACAGGGGUUAAACGACACACAAAUGGCGUUGUUCCUUAGGUACCAGGAUCCAUCUAUUCAGAUUGACCGAGUUCGGUUGCUGGAGUCCAAGAACACCUAAUACUUACUUACGUUCACUACCCAACCUUAGUAACUAAAACGAGAGGGCCCCAUCAACUAAGAUCCCAUCGCGAAUAGCCACGAAUUUUCUGCUCCUUACCGAGAACACGCACGAUGCAGCUGUCUCCAAUGGCCCGGUUUUUGCCUCCCAUAUCAUUAAUACCGGGCAUCCGCCCCCAUGUUGUUCGUUUCGACGCAACAACUUCUUCGUCUCUGGUCAAAAAAUAUUGAACAUGGCCUAUGCAAAAUACAUCGCUCGCAUGACCCUUCGCAGCUCUGACACCAGCGACACCUUUCCAGAACGACAUGUUCUAGACACCCCGCCAGAGUCCAGCGUGCACCCUGAAGUUGUCAGCAGGGAUGAUACUCCCGAUGAUAAGGCCAAGCCUAUUAGAAGGCGACCGAGACGCCGCUCCGAGAGCAUCGACGGGUACGAGAUGAGGGACCGCUAUUGGGAGGCCAUGGAUAUCAUUGAUCGAGACCUAAGAGAAGCUGCCAAGGCGCCAGCAGUCUGGGAUUACGUUUACGAUCCCAUAUGCCUCCCGCCAUCUGGAAGUGCGAGAACACCAGCUAUACGACAACUUGGAGGCCUAUCAAUUCGAAGAGCCUGGAGGCGGCGCAACAGUCGUGAAAAACCUGAUGCGAGCUCAGCCCGCACCGUCGAGGCCAUCAUGCUGUAUGAGAGGGGCAUGAUGCUCUCCCAGCAGUCGCGGUGUACUUAUUGCCAGCGGGGUCAGGGGAUCUCGCCCGGAUGUGUUGUUAUGGAUGCUGAAUGGGAACCUCGGGAACCUCGGGACCCGAGUAUAGCUGGCGGUACUGUGGAGCUGAAGUCAACAUGCAGCAACUGCCUGUACGCGGGGCGGACGGAAGAAUGCCGCACGCAAUUACCCUCCCCGGCACCGAGUCAGCCUUCGCGGACAAACACUCCAACGCCAAAUCAUCCUUCGAGAACACACACGCCAAGCCAAAUGAGGCGGUCCUUCGCCUCAACCCCAGACCACCUGGAAGUACUUGACUUGGUGGAAAAGACGCUGAGAGCGAAGAGGGGAAAUGGGGGAAAUGACGGCCUCUCCCGGGCAAGACAGAUCGAGCUAGCGGCUUUGGAAAUCGCACAAGCAGCGCAUGAAUGGGGGCUAGGGGGUGGGGAGAAGCGCCGAAAGAACAUCGACCCGGUAGGAGAUUCGACGGAUUGACAUCGUCUAGAUCUGGAAUCUAAUUAUUUGCAUCGUUGGUAAUACCAUCAUUAUCCUGCCGAAACGAAAAAACGAAUGAACGAGCAAGUCCAUUCAUUCUUACCCUAGAGAAUUAAAAAAAAAUAACGGAACUAGAAGGGCUUUGGGGAGAGUACUGACGGCAUGUUGGUGCACUUCAUGCAUCCCAUGAAGAAUCUGAUAAUGACUAAAACAAAUUAAUAUGUAAUAUAGCAGCAUACUUACUACUUAGGUACCUACCUAACCUUAGAUAAGGUACCUAUCAAAUCGAAUUGUACUAGCGGGCUUUGAAUAGUUUGGC